AUGUGGGACGGACUUUUUAUGCUGCUCGCCUUGAGCGCAAUAAUGGCUAUUGCCUCCUUUCUCGCCGGCAUCCUCCCACUCUCCUUUAAUCUCUCCUCGCGCCAGCUACGGAUCAUCACACUGCUCGGUACGGGGGUACUAGUGGGGACUUCGCUGAUAGUCAUCAUACCAGAGGGCAUUGAAACCAUGUACAGUGCAGGAGCUGCAAGCCGUCUACACAGUGCCAGGAGCACACAACCUAUUGUCCCAUCUGUGUCGGAGCCGCACACAGGUAACAAGCCAGCGGCCAAGAUUCCAACGUGGAAAAGGCAAGAGUCUGAGAAUAUAGAUUCUAUGAUUGACAGAGCAAUCAAAAUAGCAGCCCGGGGCCAGCCCACGGACAAGGAAUUGGUGGAGAUUCAGCUGAAGAAGACGAAGGAGAGCAAGGAAAAGGAGAAGGGAAACGCCGAGGACGAACACCCACAAAAGGGCGGCGACGACGACUCUACAGAAGGUCACAAGGAGGGCCACACACGCGUGCAUGCGCCAGAAGACGAAGAAAUGAAGAAUGGGCAUGGUCUGGAGGGACAUGACGACAGAUCGGGCCCGCAUGCAUACAUUGGAGUCGCAUUGAUUCUGGGCUACAUGCUCAUGUUCCUCGUCGAUCACCUGCCAGAAACCAUGUCUUCUACAAGACCAAAGUACCAGGCCAUGCACAUUUCGCUUUCCAACCUCGCUAGAGGCCCACACAACAGCUCGCAUCUGAGUCUGAACGGGAUGGCCACGGACAGCGCUGCGGUCACGCCACUACAGACGCCAGGCCUGCCUCCGUCGGCAUCGAAGAAAACACCCGCUGCAACCAUUGGCCUAAUUGUGCACGCUUGCGCAGACGGCAUCGCACUGGGCGCCUCUUCAACCGCCCCUUCCACCUCCUUAUCCAUGGUCAUCUUCUUCGCAAUCAUGCUCCACAAGGCACCCGCAGCCUUUGGACUAACCUCCGUCCUCCUCAAACAAGGCCUCUCGAAACGAACAGCGCGCACGCAUCUCGCCCUCUUCAGCCUGGCCGCCCCAGCCGGCGCUCUAGCCACAUGGGCCAUUGUACACAUGUUCGGACGCAACAGGCUCGGCGGCGACGAAGGCCUCACCUGGACCACCGGCUGGGUACUCUGUUUCUCAGGAGGAACGUUUUUAUACGUAGCCAUGCACUCCAUGUCCCAAGCAACCUCCUCCCACGCCCACGAAGACCCAACCGCAAACGGCUACAUGGACGCCUACCCCGGCACCAACCGCCUAUCCAAAUCCGACAUUGCCAUUGUCAUGCUCGGCAUGCUUUUACCCCUCGUCACACAAAUAGGACACGCCCAUGCUCACUGA